CGAUCAGAAAAAGGACUUGCUCAAGAUGAGCAGAGGAGUUUCCAUCAUACUCUUCGUCAUAUACCUGUCGUACCUCCUCUUCCAGCUGGUUUCGCAUUCCCACCUCUACAAGGACAGCGAACGACCCAGCGAGACGUUCAAGCACAGGCAUGGAGCCCACUGCAAGCACGGGAACUCCCCGCUGGCGGGCUCGCGGGCCUGCUCGCCGAAUAUCGACGACUUGCGGUUGCGGCGGUGCGACACUGAGCGUUCCACCGGAGAGGCAUUCCGUCACAGCUUGGAUGACCAGCCAGCUGGAACCGGCAUCGAGUCGGCCCCGAGCCUCCGCUACCGAUCCCCCAAGCCGAGCGUGACCGAAUUCCCAAAGUCGAUCAGGCUCAUUUCUUCGCAGUCCCUGCAGAGCUCGGAAUGUUCCCGGGAAGGGAGCCCUUCUCCCUCGCGCGAAGAAACCAUCGUUUUGGACGACGAGAAGUCGGGUAUCGCGGACAUUUACUCGUGCUACGAUCGAUCGCCUCCGGAUACGCCUGGCCAUCUGUCCAAAUCCGUCGAGCCGCUCCAGCUCCGUCGACGCAUCCCGGAGCUUAGCUGGGCGAUGGUGGUGCUCCUGCUUGCGGCCACUCCUUGUUUGGUGGCUCUCAAUGCGGAAUUGUUGAUCGAGAACUUGGAUGGCUUCACCUCUACCAUCAGCAAGGACUGGAUCGGCCUCAUCCUCCUGCCGAUGGUCAGUUCGUUCGCGGAGUGUAUCACGGCUGUCAACGUUUCGGUGAAAGAUCAGUUAUCUCUGAGCAUGAGCGUAGCGAUAGGGUCGACUAUCCAAACCGCCCUCUGCGUCAUACCAUUCUGCGUCCUCUCAGGAUGGGUACUGAACAAACCGAUGACACUAUUGUUCGAUCCCUUCGAGUCCGUAGUGCUGUACAUCUCAGUAAACACCAUGGGCUACGUGGUUGGAGAUGGGAAGAGCAACUGGCUAGAAGGCGUCAUCCUCGUCUGUCUGUACGUGAUUAUCGCGGUCAGCUUUUGGUUCUACACGCCAGGAUCGGUCUUCGCAACGUCCUUACAAGUUUGCACCACCGAAUGAACAAUCUAAUGGACCUCUUCACCAUACCUCAGCACCCUGCAUAUAGAUCUGUAGACCUAGACCAAUUGCGGACCUCUUAUAGUCGAGCACUCGUCAAGGCAUUUUGUAUGAUACCCGCCAUCCAUCCAUCAUUACCGUCAUUCGUUCUAUCUGAACAAUCGUUUAUAAC